AUGGCUUCAGAGUUUUAUGCUCUUCUUCAAAACAAUACGUGGAAAUUGGUUCCUUACAAUCCAAUUAUGAAUGUUGUUGGUUCUAAAUGGAUAUAUAAAAUCAAAAGGAAACUUAAUGGUUUGAUUGAGAGGUAUAAAGCAAGGUUGAAUGGCCAGUUGCAUGUCAAUGAUGGCGGGUUCUAUACUGCUAAAUCCGGCCAGGGUGCCGAUAGCAUCUAUGGUCUCUCCCUCUGCAGAGGCGAUGUUACACCUGAAGAUUGCCGGAAUUGCGUCAAGCUCACAACUGAAAAUAUCAUACAACUUUGUACCUACCAGAAAGAGGCUAUUAUAUGGUACGACCACUGCAUGCUAAGGUACUCAAACAGAAGUUUCUUUGGCGAUGUUGAAAUGUCACCGGAAUUCUUAAUGUAUAACAUCCAAAAUCGAUCCGAACUAGAAAAACCCGACAUCAGUGCUGAAUAUUUGAUAAACGGAUUGGUGAAAAUAGCAUCCAAGUCAUCUCGAUUCUUUGAAGCUGACGAUUAUAAUCCGCAGCUGAGUGAGACAAGAUACGGUCUUGUACAGUGCAGUAGAGAUCUUCGUGGCGAUGGAUGUGAUAAGUGUUUGAAUACAUUAUUGACCCAGAUAGACGACGAGGUUAAACGAAAGCGAGGGUGGCGUAUUCUUGCUCCAAGUUGCAAUUUAAGGUACGAGGGCUAUCUUUUCUACCGGCCACGGAAUGCUUUAACACCAGAAGCGCCGGCGGCAGUAGGCGAACGAAUUCCUGAGCCGCCUGAUCAGACCACUAAAGGAGGAAAGGAACAACAUAGCCAAGAAGAUUCAAUACUACUUCAGUUGCAGUCGGGAACCAUGUCUGAACUUUGGAAUGUAGAAGGAGAUAAAUCUCAUGAGGACUUCCCUUCAAUCCCUUUAAAUACUAUAAGGGUUGCUACAGACAACUUCUCCAAUAUAAAUAAGCUUGGGGAAGGUGGGUUUGGCCCGGUAUAUAAGGGUGUGUUAGGAGAUGGAAAGGAAAUUGCAGUAAAGAGACUAUCAAGGAAUUCUGGGCAAGGAUUAGAAGAGUUCAAAACUGAAGUUACUUUAAUUGCCAAAUUACAACACAAGAAUCUUGUGAGACUUUUGGGGUACUGCAUAAAUGUAGAGGAGAAGCUGCUAGUUUAUGAGUACAUGCCUAAUGCUAGCCUCGACAACUUUCUCUUUGAUCCAACCAGAGGAGAACAACUAGAUUGGAAAAGCCGGCUUCAUAUUAUAUGUGGAGUUGCAAGGGGCUUACUUUAUCUUCAUGAAGACUCUCGACUCAAAAUCAUUCACAGGGACUUAAAAGCUAGUAAUGUUUUGUUGGAUCAUGAGAUGAACCCAAAGAUAUCUGACUUUGGAAUGGCAAGGAUUUUUGGAGGAAACCAAAACCAAGCUAACACAAACAGAGUCGUCGGAACAUAUGGAUACAUGGCCCCUGAGUAUGCCAUGGAAGGUCUAUUUUCCACAAAAUCUGAUGUUUUCAGCUUUGGAGUUCUCCUGCUAGAGAUAGUAAGUGGGAAAAGGAACAGCGGCUUCCAUCUCUCAGAACACGGUCUCAGCCUUCUUGCAUAUGCAUGGAGACUGUGGUGUGAUGACAAAGGAUUGGAGUUGAUGGACCCAUUACUAGAGAAGUCAUGUGUGACAACUGAAGUGCAUAAAUGCAUUCAUAUAGGAUUAUCGUGUGUUCAAGAAGAUGCUGCAGACAGACCAAGCAUGUCCUCAGUUGUUGUUAUGUUGGCAACUGAUUCAAUAGUCCUUCCAAAACCUACACAGCCUGCAUUUUCUGUUGGACGAGUUCUGGUUAGAUCAGCUCAAUCUUCAACAAGUUACAGGAGUUGUAGCAAUGAGGUAACAAUUUCUAGUGUUUCACCACGAUGA